AUGUCCAUGUUAAAUAAGCUCAAAGAGACACAGAAAAAUCCGGUCUUUUUAGACGACGAUGAGGAUAUCGACAUUGACAAUAUGGAUUUUCCUUUACCAAGCGAAGUGAACGAAGCACCAGCACGUAGUUCAUAUGUUUCUCCUCCCGCCGAAUCAUCCUCUUCAUCCAUUGCUGUAGCCACGGGUCCUCAAGGUGUACGACGUAUGGAUCCUUCAGAGUAUAAAGAUUGGGUCUGUGUGUACCCUUGUUACAUUGACAGUGACAAGUCUUGGAAAGAAGGUCGCAAAAUCGCAAAAGAAAAGGCAGUCAAGAACCCUCAUGCAUAUCAUAUGGCAUUGGCAGUUCAGCAACUGGGUUUAUCCGUUGUUUACGAGGGCAAGAAACACCCUCGUGAUUGGGGCAACCCGGGCCGUGUUCGCGUACAAAUCAAGGCUGCAAACAACUUUUAUAUCAACCAAAGAAUCACUUCUCGCAAGGACUUAUUUAACGCCAUCGCUGAGAAAUUACCAAAGGUGCAGAAGGAAAGCGAAUUACCAAAGAGCAUCCUGUCACCAUUGGCCCGUUUGAGCGAAGUUGAAGCCGUGGUGGAUGAACAGCGCAAGGCUCAAGGUCUCCCCACUUUGGCCGAGAUGAAUGCUAAUAUGCCCUCCCCCACCAUCCCCGCGAAACCAAAGAAACAAAAGAUCAAAUACGUUCGUGGAUAG